AUGAAGAUAUUAAACCAAAUAUUAUCUGAAGUGAAAGUGUAAGCUAUAAUUUUUGGGUAUAUCAUCAAUAAAAUAGGAGAAAGAGGCCAAGGGAUAGUAUUACUUGGAAGGCAUAAAGUCACAAAGGAAUUAACAGCCUUUAAAAUAAUUAAUUAAUAAUCAUGGUCAGGGUGGGAAAUGGAUGGAGUUCCAUAAGAAUAAUUAAUUAUGAAAGCAUUUGAUCCUAAAAACAUUGUUAAAUUACAUUAAAGUUAUGUAACAUAGAAUCAAAUUGAGAUUGAAAUGAUUAUGGAAUACUUGAAAGGUGGAUUACUCCUCAACUAUGCUAAUUUAUAUGUUAUCAUCGCAAAACUACCUGAAGGAGAUGCUAAACUACAUUCGAAAUAGAUAGUUGAUGCAAUAGCUUAUUGUCAUGAAAAUAAUAUUGCCCAUUAUGAUUUGAAGUUAGAAAAUAUCAUGCUAAACAUCUCCUUCUUCUAAAGAAAUAGUUUUUAAUAUUUAAAAUUAGAUUUAAAUUAUUGA